AUGCUAGCUUCUCGAAGCCGUGCCAGCACCCUCUCAAGAACGCGGCUGCCCUACGUCUGCCCGGAAUGUCAGUCGACUGCCCUCCUAGCAGCAUUCCUCCUUUCAAGUCGACCUGAGAGAGCGUCUUAUCCCCAGAGACGGUCAUUUACCACUGUCGAUCGCCGCUCUGCCUCGGUCGUAACCUCCCAGCUACCGCAUGACCGAGCCAAUUCGGCCAUCCGUAACCAUCUGAGGGCUUGGGCGGUGGAAAAUCAGAAGAAAAAGAAGCAGGAAGCAGAGAAUGCCGGGGACGAUUCCAACAAGCUGAAAAGAUUGGCCGCGUUGCCCAACUCGCUGUUCCUCGAAGAUGCAAGCUCCACUGACGAUACCUUGGUCGAUGAUGAAGCGGCCGGAAGAGACGACCUGGAAGAAACCUGGGAAGAUGGUGUGCAGGCUGGAUGGCACGAAACGUAUUCACCUGGCGACGUGAUCUGGUGGCGACCAGGGAGGCAUACCACCUUUGCAAAGGCCCAGCUGGCCCUCUACUUGGGCGCUUUAGGGUGGCAGCGUCAAUACAUGCUGGCCGAUGGCCGCUGGGUUGUUGAAAAGGCCCGCAGUCAGCCAAGUCCAGCCUUCAAGGGAUUUGCCUCGAAAAAAGAGGUCGAUCAGAUCCGGAAGCACCUCCCAGUCAAACCUCUAGAGACGAGCAAGCAUAACUACGACAUGCCCUUGGGCUACAGCUUUGCCGGCGACCUCCCUGCUACCGCCGCUGAGCCUUUGAUGGAGCGCUUCGCCCAACUCGUCGAAGCCAUGUCAACGUGGCGCCGUGAGAAUCUUGCUCUCCUUGACUCCCUCUACGAUCGCAUCGCGGAUGAGGAGAGGUACAUUUCCCUCCAGUUCCCAGACGUCGUCACCAAGUUCUUGGGGGUUGAUUAUGACAAAGUUCCUCCUGCGGCCCUCCUCACCAUCUUCCGCACCUUGCAGCGGAAGCUUGUGACUGUUGUUGCCGUACGCAAGCAGACCUAUUAUCCCUCAGCCACGGUUUCAUUUACUCCCAAAAGACUGGCACGAAGCUUUGACCAAGUCUGUGAAUGGGCUCGAGAGUACCAAGAAUCAGCUGCCGACGCCGCCAUGGGCAAAGACGUCGCUGCUGCCUUGGACUCCAAUCCUCUCUCGGCGUUUGUGGCCAAAGCACGGCGCAUUAUUCUUAAAAGCCGCGCUCUUCGCUCUCCGACCACCAUUGGCAGUCUGGGUCCGAGUUCUAUCCAGGGUGGCAUCACGGAUGGCAAGGUUGCUCGCCAAGACAACGAAGAGACCUUCACCGAGAAUGACAGGAUGUUCAUCGCGUUCCUCUGGGAUUGUUAUGUUCGGUAUCCUUUUCCAGACAACAAUCGAAACAUGGCUAUUGCCUCCUUGCUGCUGCGUGCUGUUGGCGCCUACCCGAAACUGCGUCUGGAUGCCAACAUGGGCCGCUUGUUGCUGCAAGAGUUGGGUAUCUUACCUCCCUGGUUCCUGCAGUCUGAUCACAACAUCACCCUAGAGCUACCACACGGCAGGGCUGGUCCAGAGCUCACACGGGUGUACAACGAAGCUUCCAAGUUCUGCGAGGAGUCAGGAUUAGCGAGUACACUGGACCUCCAGAUCCUCGGCGACUCCAUGUCAUCUCUGCGUCAAGACCUGGGCGACCUGCCAGUCUACUGCAUCGAUCCAAGCGAGGCGGUCGUCAGAGAGGACGGGUUUUCUAUUGAACCCAACCCAGAAGUCCCCGGCACUUACUGGCUUCACGGCCAUACUGCUCAUCCGUCAGCUUUUAUAGGUCCAGACCACAUCAUGGCGCAGCGCGCCCGGCUGCUCACUCAAGGCAUCUUCCACCAUGGCCGUGUUGCACGUAUGCUCCCGGACAAAUUUUGCUACGCCUUGUCCCUUCGCAGUGGCGCUCCCGCACUCACUGUCAGCACUCUACUCACAGAGGAAGGUAAUGUGUUGGAUAUCAGGAUCCGACCGACCACUCUGAGAAAUGUCAUUUUCCUAUCUGAUCCCGCCGUGGAACACGUGCUGGAAAAGCCGAAAUACGAGACGGCCACUAUUUCCUUGGGCGUCAAGGGCGGGGUAAAUUUCGAGUCCCUACAACAAGCCAGUCCCGCAGAUAUAGAAACGGUCAAGAAAUACCUCCCUGACAUCCGCUUGUUGCAGAAGCUUCUCCUUGCUCGCGAGGAGCGCCGCAAAAAGGAAGUGGCCGUGGCCCCGGAUUGGGAGGUCCAGGGCAGUCUUUCCAACAUGAGUUAUGCCUACGUCUUUGGUAGCCAGUAUGAUGAGGAUGACCUAUUUCGCAGCCGCCAGUAUCAGGGUGAUCCUGCGAUGAGGAUUAAAGUGAGUCGGUACAUGCGGAUCAACCGGGUGUCAGAAAUGGGCAAGUAUGUCACCGUCACAGCUCUGCUGGGGGAUCUUAUGUCGGAAUCCGCGGGCAAAUGGUUCGGCGAUCGUAACCUCCCUGGCGUUUUCUUCGGUUCCUCUUACGCACCGGACUACCCUCCCGAAAGACUCAACCAACUGAAGCGUGGCGAGAACGCAGAAUAUCCUAUGGGCAAGUUCUCAACCACGCCAAUCGAGCAUGUCCACAAGAACCACAAGUCGCAUCUGUGGGUCAGCAACCCUCUUCGACGCUACCCGGAUCUCAUGGCACUUUGGAAUAUCGACAGCUACCUCCGGGCCGAAGCCGCGGGUGUGGUCAGCCCCGGUCAAUCUGCUGACAAGCUGGACCUGCCAAUUACGACGAAGAUGUGUGCAAAUUUCAUCGCCAAUGACGGACCUAAAAUGUAUCAAUGGGCUGUUCAGCUGUCACGAACUGAGAGACUGCAUUGGGUUAUCCAAGCGCUCUUCCGAGCCUUUCAUUUCAAGGAGCUAGAACUGCCCGAGGUCUGGGAUCUGCAUGUCAGUUCGGUGGUGCCUAACAAAGUCCGGCCUGACGACUCGGGGCUCAGAGGCGUUCUCCUCCCUUUCCAGGUUUUCGCCAUCGUCCUGGCGUCGAAAGAGGGUUGGGAAAAGGGGGCCAAGAAGCGUUCAUUCCUGCCCGUCAAGCUGGAACUUGUCGAUAUGGACAAACAGAUGGUUGUAGUCCGCGUGGUUGGUCCACCCAGCGACGACUAUACACAACGCGGACCGAUCGACCUUGCUCCCAACAAUGCUGAGAGUGAAGAAGAUGGCGCCCUUGCAGACCAGCUGGUGGGACCUUCUGCGCGCGACAAGCCCGUCCACAAAGAAAUCAGUUAUGUGACGAACUCCGCGUCCCCAGCCGCAUUCUAA